ACGAUUACUAAUUUUUUUUAUUUUUUUUUAUUUUUUUGCAGAUCUUCUGUUUUUAUCCACUGCUCAAAUUAUAGAGAGCUGAAAUAUCACACAGAGAGAGGAGAGAGAGAGAGAGAGGGAUGUGCCCGCGCGCUAGGGUUUUAUCAAAUCCAGAAGUCACUGAUUCUUAAACCCCCGGGGGAUUCUCCGAUUAUCUUCUCCGUUGCGUCCCAGUCGAAAAACCCUAGGGUUUGGGUACCAAUCGUCAAUUAUUAGGGUUUGAAUCGAAGAAAAGUAGGGCAAGAUGAGGAUUAUGAUCAAAGGAGGUGUGUGGAAGAACACGGAGGAUGAGAUCCUCAAGGCGGCGGUCAUGAAGUAUGGGAAGAACCAGUGGGCUCGAAUCUCGUCGCUCUUGGUUCGCAAAUCGGCUAAACAGUGUAAGGCGAGAUGGUACGAGUGGCUCGACCCCUCCAUCAAAAAGACUGAGUGGACUAGAGAAGAGGAUGAGAAGCUUCUACAUCUUGCUAAGCUCAUGCCUACACAAUGGAGAACCAUUGCCCCGAUUGUUGGUCGUACUCCGUCGCAGUGCCUCGAGCGGUAUGAGAAACUGCUUGAUGCAGCUUGUGUUAAGGAUGAGAAUUAUGAACCGGGUGAUGAUCCACGGAAGUUGCGGCCUGGAGAGAUUGACCCAAAUCCCGAGUCGAAACCUGCUCGUCCUGAUCCUGUUGAUAUGGAUGAGGAUGAGAAGGAGAUGCUUUCAGAGGCGCGAGCUCGGUUAGCAAACACUAGGGGAAAGAAGGCUAAAAGGAAAGCCAGGGAGAAACAGCUUGAAGAGGCCAGAAGGCUUGCUUCGCUGCAGAAAAGGAGAGAAUUAAAGGCUGCUGGCAUUGAUACUAGGCAGCGAAAGAGGAAAAGGAAGGGAAUAGACUACAAUGCGGAAAUUCCCUUUGAGAAAAAGCCUCCUCCAGGCUUUUAUGAUGUUGCUGAUGAAGAUAGACCAGUGGAGCAGCCUAACUUCCCUACGACUAUUGAGGAACUCGAGGGGAAGAGAAGGAUUGAUGUGGAAGCGCAGUUGAGAAAGCAAGAUAUUGCUAAGAACAAAAUUGCUCAAAGACAGGAUGCUCCAUCAGCUAUACUACAAGCCAACAAGAUGAAUGAUCCGGAAACGGUUAGGAAGAGAUCAAAACUGAUGCUUCCUGCACCCCAAAUUUCGGACAAUGAGUUGGAGGAAAUUGCAAAGAUGGGUUAUGCUAAUGAUCUUGCAGCUGAAGAAUUUGCUGAAGGUAGUGGUGCAACUCGAGCUCUUCUUGCAAAUUAUUCCCAGACACCAAGGCUGGGAAUGACACCUUCACGAACACCUCAAAGAACACCUACUGGUAAGGGUGAUGCUAUAAUGAUGGAAGCAGAAAAUUUGGCCAGGUUGAGAGAGUCUCAGACACCAUUAUUAGGAGGAGAUAAUCCAGAGUUGCACCCAUCAGAUUUUUCUGGGGUCACUCCUAGAAAAAAGGAAAUUCAAACUCCAAAUAUGAUGCUUACUCCUUCUGCAACUCCUGGAGGUGCCGGCCUGACUCCAAGAACGGGUCUUACGCCUAGAAUUGGCAUGACGCCAUCAAGGGAUUCUUUUGGCAUGACCCCAAAGGGGACUCCCAUUAGGGAUGAGCUUCGUAUCAAUGAAGAAAUAGAUACACCUAAUAGUGCAAAACUGGAGCAGCGAAGAAACUUGCAGUUUGGUUUUGGAAGUUUACCACAGCCUAAGAAUGAGUACCAAAUUGUCGUACAACCAGCUCCAGAGGAUAAUGAAGAACCUGAGGAGAAGAUUGAAGAGGACAUGUCUGAUAGGCUAGCUAGAGAAAGGGCUGAGGAAGAAGCACGCCAGCAAGCAUUACUUAGGAAGAGAUCAAAAGUAUUGCAGAGGGAGCUCCCUAGACCUCCUGCUGCCUCAUUGGAACUCAUCAGAAAUUCCUUGAUAAAAGCAGAUGGAGAUAGGAGUUCAUUUGUUCCUCCUACUCAUAUUGAGCAGGCUGAUGAAAUGGUUAAAGCAGAACUUCUUAGCCUACUAGAGCAUGAUAAUGCCAAGUAUCCGCUUACUGAGAAAGUAGACAAACGAAAAAAGAAAGGUUCCAAGCGCAGUGCCAAUGGACCUAGUACUGUCCCUGUGAUAGAAGAUUUUGAAGAAGAUGAACUGAAAGAUGCUGAUUCAUUGAUAAAGGAAGAUGCAGAAAUUCUUCGUGUUGCAAUGGGGCAUGAAAACGAAUCCCUUGAUGAAUUUCUUGAAGCACACAAAACUUGCCUGAACGAUCUCAUGUACUUCCCUACUCGUGGAGCUUAUGGUCUAUCAAGUGUUGCUGGAAAUAUGGAGAAGCUUGCAGCUUUACAGAAUGAGUUUGAGAAUGUGAAGAGGAAGAUGGAUGAUGAUAUCCAGAAGGCAGCAAGCAUUGAGAACAAGGUUAAAGUCCGCACAUAUGGUUAUGAGAUGCGGGCUAAAGAGGGUCUCUGGCCAAAAAUUGAGGAAACGUUUAAGCAGAUUGACACCGCUGCAAAAGAACUUGAGUGCUUUAAAGCUUUACAGAAGCAAGAAAGAUUAGCGGCAACACACAGGAUAAAUAAUAUCUGGGAGGAAGUUCAGAAUCAAAAGGAGCUUGAGCGGCAACUACAGAAGCAGUAUGGGGAUCUUGUAGUCGAGGUGGAAAGGGUACAGCACCGCAUGGAUGAACUCAGAGCAGAAGCAGAAAAACAAGAAAUUGCUGCGAGGAAUUCUGAUCUGGAGUUGCCUGAGGCUGCAGCAGAUGUGACUGUUCUGCAGACAACUGAAAAUCCUGAUCCUGUAACUGCCUCAGAUGAGCUUGGAAAAGCUGUUCCCGGUGGUGCAUCUGAUGGUGAAGCAACAAUUCAGCAAAUGGAUGGUGUGCAGGAACAGGCUUCAACAGCCCCAGAAGGUGAUAUGGACAUUGAUGCCGAAAAGGUUCAUGCGAUGCCAGCGGAGGAUGUAAACUUACCUGAUAAGAUGCCUUCUGCUGUUGAGGGAGUUAUUAUUUCCGACAAUGUGGUCGCAUCUGAAAACCUGAAGGUAAAUGAUCCUGAAGUAUCUAAGGAUCAAAAAGUCGAGAUGCCGCAGAACAUGACAGAAAUUGAAGGCACUGUCCAGGCAGCGGGGGACGAUGGUUUUGCGAAAGAGACUGCCACGACUGUUUCUGUUGAUGGAGAGGUGAAUUCAGCUGAAACUGCAGCAGCACAAAUCUAAACUCGUUCCGUGGCGGACUCAGCCUGGCUUGGGUGAUGAGCUUUAGCGAAUCAAAAUGUUGGAUCGGAUUACCAGGUGCGAGCAGAUUACAGAUGUGCUGUAGUCCGUCGGAAACUGCAUCCUGGUUCAUGAAUUCGGGAUGUCGUUUUCGAUUUCAGAACUCUGGACCAUAUGAUUCACCUGAAAGAACAAUUAAGAUCGUUUUCUGGUCUUAUUACGAUGUAAUUGUUUAUCAGAUUGAGGAACUGUAUACUUGUUGACUGAAAAAAGAGAGACUGAAGAACUUGGAAUAUCUUCGUUUUGAAAUAUCUAUGGUCUCUCGGACUCUGAUGAUCCACUUGCUAGCAAUCUAAAGUCUCAAUUCUCAGUUCUCAA